AUGAACAAACACAAUCCGUUGCACGCGGGAUGCCAUAUAAAGUUACCGCGAGAAAUUGUGGUAAAGAAAGCGGUGAUCAACAUCAAAUCUGAGGACAAUGCAUGUUUCGCGUGGGCAGUGGUGGCCGCUCUGCAUCCUGCUAAAAGUCAUGCGGAUCGAGAAUCCUCCUAUCCGCAUUAUGAGGAAGUAUUAAAUCUCAAAGACAUUGAGUUUCCAGUGACGCUAAGUCAAAUUAAAAAGUUUGAAAAUCUCAACACCAUUUCGAUUAACGUCUAUGGCAUCGAGACAAAGGGUGAACAGCAUACGAUCCUUCCAAUACGACUCACAAAUCAAAAAAUGGAGAGACAUGUUAAUUUGCUAUACGUGGAAGAAGAAAACAGCAACGAUGGACAUUUCACAUGGAUCAAGAAUUUGUCUCGUCUUGUCCGCUCACAAUUGACCAAAAAUAAGAAUAAGAAAUUCUUUUGUGAUAGAUGUUUACAUUCUUUCGGCUCGGGUGAAAAACUAGAAGCUCACGUAGUAGAUUGUGGUAAGAUAAACUGCGCGAUCAGGUUACCGAGCGAAGACGACAAGUGGCUUUGUUUUAACAAUAACAACAGGAAGGAGCGAAUGCCGUUCGUCAUGUACGCGGACCUUGAGUGCAUCCUGGAAAAGACGGACAUUGAGAAAACAACGAGCUACAAAUACCAGCAUCAUCGGGUAUUUAGUAUAGCUUAUUAUGUACAUUGUUCGUACGACAACUCGUUGUCAGCGUAUCGAUUUCGGCGCGAUAAGGAUUGCAUAGCGUGGUUCGUCGAAGAACUUAAAGAUUUAGCGCACAGAUAUUUGGAAAAACCAUGGAGAAUGUACGCAAUCACGUUGAUGUGCGAUUAA